AUGGAUGAGCCCGGUCGUGUGGGCGGCCCGUUGAUCCGGCCCCUCAGCUACUACCUUCAAUCCCCUUCUCCGCAAGUGCACUUGCCGCCACCUGCCGAAUUUGCAUCAAGGGGGCGCUUUCGAGUGCCCAGUUACAACCACAAUUCGACGGAGAAGUUGCUGCUGGAGGCCGACCUGCUCUUCAAUGAGCUGCAAGCCUCCUCCUCUUCUUCCGACCCCUCGUCUCCGAUAAGUUAUCACGUGCCUUCCGCGACUCGACUCCUGACCAAGACUAGGGACCCGCUGCCCAACGCCGCCGCCGCCGCCUCGGAGCCAGUGGCCACGACCAAGACGAAGGCGAGGAAGCCAGCAGAGGCCACCGUCACCUCCACCGCUGCCGCCCCCACCAAACGGCAACGAGUGGAGCAAAGAGCGGAGGACGAGCGCUACGAACGAGUUGAGGUCUCCGAGCUCGAGCAGGCCUCGGCCGGGCAAAUAGCCGAGCUGAGCCGAGACAGCGAUAGCGACAGCGACAAGAAGAAGAAGAAGACCAAGGAGCGCAAGAGCAGGGCAGCAGAGAAGAACACGAAAAAGGACGAAAAAGAGAAGGCCAAGGGGAAGCGAGCAAGAAGAUCGGCCGAUGAAGCGCGCCAAGAGGACGAAGAGGAGGAGGAGGAGCAGCCCAAGAGGCGGCGUAGGAUUCGGCAGACGGGAGACAAGAAGGCCGGACAGGCGAGGCCCACCACCUCCUCAGACGGGCGUUGGAAGAGUACUGCCUGCUGCCCUCUCGGUGUUUGCGGGGAAAUACGUGUGCGCUGA